AUGUCGACGGCGAGUGCUGCGGCAGCCGCGACCGCCGCGCCGCCGGCUCCUCUCCCUGUGCCUCCUCCUCCCGCGGGCUCCGCCUCCGCCGAGGUGCCGGUGCAGCAGGCGUCGCGGCCGAUUGUGGUCGGCUCGUGCGCCUACUGGCGCGGCAAGGAGGCCGAGGAGUCAAAGUCGCAUGAGUGGACAGUCUAUGUCCGCGCCGCCUCACCAGACGAGGACCCAGGGCUCUUCAUCAAGCGGGUGGUUUUCCAGCUCCACCCCACGAUCACGCCCUCCACGCGAACAGUCGAGGCGCCGCCGUUUGAGGUGACGGAGCAGGGGUGGGGCGAGUUCGAGGUCUACUACCACGGCGGCGAGCGCGCCGUCGACUUCUCUCACCUCCUCAAGCUCUACCCGGAGGCAGAGGAGCUGCGCGCCGCCUCGAGGCGGAGGAUCGAGAUGGAGGAGGAGAUCCGGCAGCUGCGCGCCGAGCCCGCCGACUGA